CUUCCUCCCGCCACCUCCUCCUCUGGCCGCUCCCUCCCGCUGGCUCCUCACUCCACCUCCUUCCUCCCGCUCCUCCCGCCGGCUCCUCCCGGGGCGGGCGCUCCGGCCGCGGCCGUGUGAGCCCAGCCACGGCAGCAGCGAGCAUGUCCUCCAGUCGGGCCAAGAAAGUGAAGAUGGCCACCAAGUCCUGCCCCGAGUGCGACCAGCAGGUUCCUGUUGCAUGUAAAUCAUGUCCCUGUGGCUACAUAUUUAUCAGUCGAAAACUCUUGCAUGCUAAACGUGCUGAAAGAUCACCACCCAUCACAGAAAACAAGAGUGAGGCCAAAAGGAGGCGGACAGAGAGAGUUAAACGAGAGAAGAUCAAUUCUGCAGUAAAUAAAGACUUGGAAAACCGAAAAAGAUCCAGGUCCAACAGCCAUUCAGACCACAGCAGACGGGGAAGAGGAAGACCUAAGAGUGCCUCAGCGAAAAAGCACGAGGAAGAAAGAGAGAAACAAGAAAAAGAAGUUGACAUGUAUGCUAACCUUUCAGAUGAAAAGGCCUUCGUAUUUUCAGUGGCCUUGGCGGAAAUAAACAGAAAAAUUAUCAAUCAAAGACUUAUUCUCUAAGUUGUGAGCACAAUCUGAUGCAGUUUUAUGCAGGAUGGCUAGCAGAUUUCCAAGGUGCCAUGGACUCUCGGAAAGUGUGUUGUCUGCACCAACAAGGACCGUAGCAUUUCCUGUUAAAAAUUCUGCUCCUGUUCUUGGAAAUCGAAUUCUGUCUCUACAAGUCAGAAAGAAAGUGGUCACAAGAUUGUGCUGUGAAAAAUCAGAAAGCAGAUGUGUUUCAUGCCUUGAAGACAAAUGCACAGAGAGACUGCACCCAUUCCAGAGCACUUCUUUUGAAUUUGCUGCCAGAAAUGCAAUAUUUUAAAUAUUUUCAGAAAUAAAUGAUUUUCAUUUAAAAUUAUAUAUUUCAGAUUUUUCAGCUAUAUUGCAGUUUACGUAUGUACAGUUCACAUAACUUUUUAAUAAAUUGAUAUUCCAAUAUUUUAUUGAACUGAGAAUUAAGUACAUUUGUGAUACUCAGGGUGUGUUGGUUUUAAUCCUCUUAAAAAUCUGGUAUUCAUCCUAGGUGUGACAUUUCGUAAUAGGUGUGAUAUACUUCUGGUAGGACAAAAAUUAGAAUGGUUUCAUUUGGGAGGAUUAUUUUGUUAGAGAACUUCAUAUUUUUUAUGAAUUAUCUCUAGAAGAUAAUUCUUGCUCCAUAGAGUUGUUUUUAAAAAAUCAUUUACUUUGGUGGUCAGACUCCUGAAGUUUGAGAGCCAAGCACUUGUUUUGUAACAGUUAUUUGCUGAGUACCUGCCUUGUCCAGCUGGUAAGUUCUUACCCUGUACUCUUUCUUGGCCCAUUAUUUACUGGAGAGAGAGAGAAGGAGACAUCAGAAAUGCAGAUCUGCAGUUGGCAUCCUGUGACUGGUGUUUCCAAAAUGUGAUGUGGUAGUUCCUUUUACUCCCCAUAGCUUUUUCUGACUGUUUUUUAAAAGCAUAAUUCUUAGUGGAAUUGUGUUUGGAUUGCUGACUGUAAAUACCAAAGUCCACCUGAGUGUGCAAAAUUGAGCUGUUUGAUAUAAAUAGUUCUAGGGAAGUCAUUCAACAAAGUAGACUUUCUUAAAGUGGUAUAAUAAAAUUUCAGCCAAAACUCUUCCUUUAGUAACUCUACGGGGACUUUAUUUUACCAAGCAAAAACCCCAAAGCCUCAAGCUGUGUAAAAUCCUGAGGGAGGAGGUGUAAGAGAUAAUUACAUUCAUAAAAUGUGACACACUGGGAUUUAGUCGCCUUUCAUUUGCUUUAUUCUAGGAGGGGAAGUGCAACUAAAUGUCUUUUUCUUCAGUAUUACUGGUGUUUUUCAGUAUCACAUUGAGUAAUGAGAAUUGCCUAAUGAGGUUCAGCUACAGAACUGAUCUCUGGGUGGAAACCAAGAUGUUUAUUAAUAAAGCUUGGACUAUCAGA